AUGCGUCGUAGGCAAAAGUUGUGUCAUGUGUCGAAACUGACUGCCCUCCUGAUUAGAAUCGACGUAAUUGAAAAGACGCUGGAGACUCAGACUGGAAAAGGUGAUGAGUUGAUGUCUAAGAUUGAAAACCAAGGGAGGACGAUUGAGGGCAUUGAAGAAUCUAUAAAUACCCAGUCAGCAAGGCACCAAGAGCGGAUAUCUAGACUGGACAGCCAAGACAAAACAAUUAAGGGUCUAGAACAGACGAUGAAUCAAUUAGAAGAGGAAAUAACUCAAAGGGAUGAAGAAACCUGGGCACUACGAAAGGCCGUCGACAAUGCGGAACAAUAUUCCCGAAGGCAGAACAUCGAAAUUCACGGAGUCACUCAACGACCCAACGAAAGACUGUUAGAGGUAAUUAACGACAUUGCUACAAAGCUAGACGUGCCACCACUCGCAAUCACUGACGUCGAGGUUGCCCACAGACUAAGAGCAGAGGAAGGUAGACCAGCACCCAUACUGGUGAGGUUCACUGAGAGGCGCACGAGAGACGUUUGGGCAAAAAAACGAGCUAGUCUUACGAGCGAAAACAUUUACAUUAAUGAAAACUUAACCCGAGCAAUCAAGAAUUUGUUGUGGACAAAAAAGUAUACGUGUAUCAUGGGCACAUGGCUAACAAAAAUGUAUCUACAUCCUGCCGCCACAUCAUGUCUAUUUAAGGGAUGCAUGCAAUUGGUGAUUCAUGAAGGCAGUGGAGAAGAAGUUCUAAAUAGUUCUUGUAAAAUAUGUCCAAAAUGA